AUGUCCUUUUUCUAUCGGCCAUUAUUCUGCUACCUGUAUGUAGUGCUUUUCUACCAACUCGACUCGUUCGACCCAGCUCCUAGGCACAACUCGCACGUGCUUCGGGGUGCAGAGACGGUCGGAGUCGGGCAGUUGUUUGGACCCGAAGACCUUGCUUACGAUCCAAACUCAGGACUCAUUUACACUGGUUGUUCGGAUGGGUGGAUCAAGCGAGUCACGGUGAACGAGUCUGUGGCUGACUCGGUGGUCGAAAACUGGGCUAAGACAGGUGGUCGACCUCUGGGGCUCGUUCUUGGACACCACAAUGAUGUUAUCAUUGCUGACGCAAAUAAGGGCUUGUUAAAAGUAACUUCAGAUGGAGCGAUUGACCUGCUAACAGAUGAGGCUGAGGGUGUGAAGUUCAAGCUAACAGAUGGUGUUGAUAUCACAGAUGCCGGUAUGCUCUAUUUCACAGAUGCAUCAGAAAAAUACAAUUUAAAUGAAAUGACACAGGAAAUUUCGCAAGGUCAACCUUAUGGUAGACUUAUGAGCUAUGAUCCAUCAACAAAACAAACCAAAGUGUUGGUUCGUGACAUCUACUUUGCUAAUGGAGUAGCAGUCUCGCCAGAUCAAAGUUUUGUGAUUUUCUGUGAAAUAAUGAGGAGGUGUAAAAGGUACUACAUACAAGGUGAAAGAAAGGGCUAUGUUGAUACAUUUAUUGAUAAUUUACCUGGCAUACCUGACAACAUACGAUAUGAUGGAAAAUGCCAAUAUUGGAUUGGAUUAGGCAAGGUAACUACAUUUUCUUGGGAUUUAACACAGAGAUAUCCUCUUCUCAAAAAAGUUUUGACAAUCAUAGAGAGGUACAUAGGACGACCGCAUAUGAAGAAAAAUGGAGGGCUUUUAGCUGUUGAUUUGGAAGGAAAACCAAUUGCCCACUAUUAUGACUCCGGAUUGUCACUUAUUACUACUGGGAUAAAGAUUGCAGACCAUUUAUAUUGUGGUUCUAUAGCAUAUCCGUACAUGAUUCGCCUCAAUUUGACUCAAUAUCAUGGUAUAUAGCUAGCUUGUUUAAAAAAAGAAAGUCCGAAAUAACAUGAGAGCCAACUAUUUUCUUUUGCUGAAAUAAAAUAUAGAUGGAACUAUGGAAGCUUCAAAACAAAUGCAAUGGUUAGGUUUCAACUUACACAAGGUAUCACGUGUACUUUGGAGUAUGUUUUGUACUUUAUAAGAUUACUUCAAGCUUUACAAAA